CACCCAGCCCAAAAGCUUUGUGUUUUUAAAGAUAUUAGACAUGUUUCUUGUUUUUAAAAAGUCUUAAUAAUGUAGGAGAAUAAGAGAAAUGUUUUUCCAAGAGAAAUCCUUGUGAUUAUUUUACCUUAUUGGAAUGUUGGAUAAUAUAGUCUGCUUCAUUAAUCAUCAAACAUGCUAUAGGUUUUCCAUUUUUAUAGGAUUUGUGUUUCAAUUGAGGUAAUACUGGUAAUUCUUAUACUCCAUCUGAAGAUGAAAAAUGUAGGCCAAAAUCAUAGACCAUGCAUAGAAGCUGGAUUAUGAAGAUAGCUCUGGAGGAACAUGUAGACACACACACACUGACACACAUAUAUAUAAAGUAUAAACACAUAUAUAUUUUAAAGUUUAUUUUUAAAGUUUUAAAGCAAAAGCCGGCCCCUCCCCUCUCCCCGAGUAAGCAGGCCCCGCCCCUCACCCCAAGUGGGCGGGGACAGCAGUUGCAUGGGCAGCUUCCUUUGUGAUGCCACAGGUUCCUCUGGACACACUGCUGCCUGGCCACGCCUCCUUUCCCUUUCAUCUUUCUCACUGACCAAUGGGCUUGGAGCAUUAAGGCCACACCCCUUUUCUGUGUUCUAUUGGUGCCCUGGUUACGCCUCCUCUGGCUCAGUCACACAGCUGACUGUUAGGUGACUGGACGUGUUCCCUGAUGUGGCCCCAACCCUGCCUCCCUCCCCACCCCGCGAUGUUAGAAGAAACUCGAGAGAGCAAAUUGGCAGCAGCCAAGAAAAAGCUAAAAGAAUAUCAGCAGAGGAACAGCCCUGGUGUUCCGGCAGGAGUGAAGACAAAAAAGAAAACUACUGGCAGUAGCCCUGAGACAACCACUUCUGGUGGUUGCCACUCACCUGGGGAUAGCCGGUACCAAGAACUGGAAGUAGCCCUGGACUCAAGCUCCGCAACAAUCAAUCAACUCAAUGAAAACAUAGAAUCAUUGAAACAACAGAAGAAACAAGUGGAACAUCAGCUGGAAGAAGAAAAGAAAGCAAACAAUGAAAUACACAAAGCACAAAUGGAGCAGUUAGAGACAAUCAACAUCCUCACAUUGGAAAAGGCAGACUUGAAGACCACCCUUUACCAUACUAAACGUGCCGCCAGACACUUCGAAGAAGAGUCCAAGGAUCUGGCCGGCCGCCUGCAAUCCUCCUUACAGCGUAUUCAAGAAUUGGAGCGGGCUCUCUCUGCUGUGUGUGCACAGCAGCGCGAAGAGGACAGGUCCUCGAGCCGCAGUGAAGCAGUCCUCCAGCGGCAGUUACGGCAGACCAUAAAGGAGCGGGCGCUGCUGAACGCACACGUGACACAGGUAACAGAGUCAUUGAAACAAGUCCAGCUGCAAAGAGACGAGUGUGCUCAACAUAUAAAAGGAGAGAGGGCCCGGUGGCAGGAGAGGAUGCGGAAAAUGUCGGUGGAGGCUCGCACAUUGAAGGAGGAGAAGAUGCGUGACAUACAUCGGAUACAGGAGCUGGAGAGGACCGUGUCCGAACUCAAACACCAGAUAGCUGAGCCCUCAUCCUCGGCACCCCCAGCAGGGCCCUCUGAGGUGGAGCAGCUACAAGAUGAGGCCAAACACCUGAGGAAGGAGGUGGAGAGUUUGGUGGAAAAACUGCAAUUCCAGGUGGAAAACAACCAGGCCUUGAGUAUCCUGAGCAAGGAGCAAAAGGAGAGGCUCCAGGAGCAGGAGGAGAGGCUCCGGGAGCAGGAGGAGAGGAGGCUGCAGGAGCAGGAGAGUCUGCGUGAGGAAAAGGAGAGGCUUAGGGAUCAGGGUGAGAGGCUGCAAAAGCAGGAAGAGAGACUGAGAAAGCAGGAGGAGAGGCUACGAAAGCAGGAGGAGAGGCUGGAAAAGCAGGAAGAGAGACUGCGAAAGCAGGAGGAGAGGCUCACGCUUUCCCAGAACCACAAGCUCGACAAGCAGCUGGCAGAGCCACAGUGUGGCUUCGAGGAUCUGAACAACGAGAACAAGAGCGCUCUGCAGUUGGAGCAGCGAGUAAAGGAGCUGCAGGAGAAGCCGAGUGAGGAGCACCUAGAAGCUGCCAGCCAGUGGAACCAACAGCUAGAGGCCCACUUGAGCCUCAUGGCUCUCCCUGGAGAAGGAGAUGAAGGAGGACACGUAGACAGUGAGGAGAAGGAGGCACCUCGGCCCAUGCCAAACAUCCCAGAGGACCUGGAGUGCCAGGAGGCCAUGAGCAGCUUUACGGACCUCCCGAAGGAGAAGGCGGACAGGAAGGAGCAGGUGGAAAGACUAGAGCUUGGAUUCAUCCAGCUCUCUGGAGCGACAGAGGGCAUGAGAGAGUACAUCACCGAAUAUGAGAGCCAGGGGGCAGUGUCAAACAGUCGGCACCAGGAGAAGGAGGGCGUCAUCAGUCUGGCUCAGAAUGAGGAGAUGAAGGUGAAGCUGCUGGAGCUGCAGGAGCUGGUGUUGCCACUUGUGGGCGACCACGAGGGGCAUGACAAACUCCCCCCCACUGCCCAGAACCGUGGCGAUGAGCCCGCUCCGGGGGCCCCAGCCCCCCAGGAGCUUGGGGCUGCGGAGGAACAGGGUGAUCUUUGUGAGGUGAGCCUGGCCGACAGCGUGGAGCCUGCAGUGGGAGAGGCCAGGGAGGGUUCUCCCCGUGGCAACCCCACCGCAGAGAAGAUCGUGCAGCUGCUUCCCGUAAUGCAGGACACCCAGGAGCACCCAGGCUUGGCCAGCAAACCCUGCAUCCCAUUCUUUUACCGGGCAGCGGAGAACAGGGAGAUCAACAUCAUCAUCAUCUGAGAGCUGGUCAAGAAAUUGAAAAAAAAACAACAACAAAAAGUGAUGGGGUUAAUCCCCUGCACAAUUCAUUUACUUCAUUUGAAUGUUACAGCCCCUCAUGUUUAUUUGUGUUUCUAAUUUACAGUUUAAAUUUAUUUGUAAAAAGUUAAGGGAGAAGGAUCUUUCUUUAAUGCUCACUGUGGCCUCCUUUAGCAUUUUUGUUUUUACUUUGAUAAUUGUAGGUCUUCAGCGUGAAUAUCGAGUUUGCCCUCAGGUGGUGGGAGUUCAAACACACAAAGACCCACUAUUUGCACAAAACUAUUCUUAGUGGUUUGGAAUAGGCUGCCAUGCUUUUUAAAAUGUUAUUGCAGCAUAUAUAUUCAUUACAAAAUUCAGAUAAAAA